GAAGGAUGGCAGCUCGGCGUGCUCUGAAAGCUGUCUUGGUGGAUCUGAAUGGCACACUUCACAUCGAAGACUCAGCUGUGCCAGGCGCCCAGGAAGCUCUUAAAAGGCUGCGCCGCGCUCCUGUCACCAUUCGGUUUGUGACAAACACUACAAAGGAGUGCAAGAGAGACCUGCUGGAGAGGCUGACCAGCCUGGGAUUUGACAUUGCAGAGAAUGAGAUCUUCACCUCUCUGACAGCAGCCAGAAAUCUUCUGGAGCAAAAGCAGAUGAGGCCUUUACUUCUGGUAGAUGAGAAGGCCCUGCCUGAUUUCACAGGGAUAGCCACCGAGGAACCCAACGCGGUGGUGGUUGGACUGGCUCCUGAGCACUUUCACUACGAGAUGAUGAACAGAGCAUUUCGGUUGAUUUUGGAUGGUGCUCCACUUAUAGCUAUACAUAAAGCCAGAUAUUUCAAGAAAAAAGAUGGCUUGGCCCUGGGACCUGGACCUUUUGUAACUGGGCUGGAAUAUGCCACGGACACCAAAGCAAUGGUGGUGGGGAAGCCAGAGAAGACCUUCUUCCUAGAAGCUUUACGGGGGAUGGACUGUACCCCAGAAGAGGCUGUCAUGAUUGGUGAUGACUGCAGGGAUGAUGUUGGUGGUGCCCAGAAUGCAGGCAUGCGUGGGAUUUUGGUAAGGACUGGUAAAUACCGACCAGCAGAUGAAGGCAAAAUCAAUCCAGCUCCUUACUUAACUUGUGGGAAUUUCCCAGAGGCAGUGGAACAUAUCCUAGAGAGUCUGCUAUGAGAAAGGGAACAGGUCAGUUUGAAGAACCAUCCAUUUCACAUCAUUUCCUUUACUCUUGCUUC